AUGGCCACAGCUCCCGGCAGCGCCCUCCCCCCGCUGGCCAGUGCCAUGGUGCCCACCCUGGCCUUGAGCUUGGAGCAGCGGGCUGCGCUGGUCUUCGUCUUCCUGCUCUUCGUCGUCCUGGGGCUGCUGAUCGUCCGCUGCUUCCGGAUCUUGCUGGAUCCCUACCAAAGCACUCCGACCUCCACGUGGACCGACUACAUGGAGAAAGACGCCUUCGGGUACCGGCUGGCCUGACGAAGGGGGGCCGUCCUCCAGGCACGGGGA